CAGCUGGCUGCCUCUUGCUGCUUGCCGUAUGCUCACUGCAAUCUGUGCUGGAGAGGCCGAAGGAGCUGCAGCUCCAGUAUUAAACCAGGCCCACGAAACGCUUAUGACGCUCGCCACCAAAAAACACAAAUAUCACGAGUUGAAGAUGCUGUUUGGGUUGGCCGUAAACGAGGCGAAGUUGACUAGCCAGCGGACCCGUUUGAAAAAUCAAAAUGGCUUCCAUCUUUGUCGUCUCAGCAGAGAGGUUUAUACCUUUGUUUCCCCGUCUCGCAUGUCAGGGAGUCUGUGAGUAACCUCAUUUUUAUAUUUAUCUAGUGGAUUAUUGUUUAUCGAACCUUCGUAUUAAGAGUUUGGGUGUUUAUUUCACUGGUUAUUUAUUUUGUUACUUACCCAGUAGCGCACUUUUGACCACGUCAGUGCGGUGGGGGAGGGGAAGUGAGUCUGUCUGGGUGGAGCCUGUAUGAUACGUUCACUGUGGAUGAAUUACCCAUUGCCCCCCUUCGCUGUAAGUCUUAUGUAGUUUAGACUCCAGCUACUGGAAGGAUUGUAUAUUGAUUUUUUUUUUUUUUUUUUUUUUUUUACAAAUAUAUAUUUCUUUUGUUUAACUUUGUGUCAGUACUUGCAAUGUAGAAUACCAGUUCUGGAGAAUACCUUAACUCUCAUACUUAAGGGCACAUGGAGAUAUCCUGCAAAUCUUACUAGAUAUAGAGUGCCGCAGGGAUAACACAUUUUUGUAGGCCAGCCCAGAAGUUAGCAUUACCCUGGUUCCCUUGAGGGGAAAAAAAACUAGUAAGAUUUUUAUAUUGACUUUGGGAUAAUUGCAGAAAAUAAGCGCAGUAAUGAACAAAAGUUAAUGAUUCUCACCAAUUUUUCAAUCAUAAUCAUAACGCAUGAAAACAAUUUUUUAUGAAUGUUGAUGCCUAAAUGCAAUUGACAGAAGUAAAAAGCUAAAGUUAGACUAUAAAGAACUUAUACCAUGCAUGCUUGACUUCAACAUCACAGAAUUUCUGACAAAUCUUUUAUUCUUUAAAAUCUACAGUUUGGAAAGUUCGAGUUAGAAUAGUUUUACAAGAGCAUGCGUCUAAAUACAAUGAGGCUGUUGAAGCAGUAGAUGCAUUUUCCUGUUCGAUGUGAUGUUUAAUAUCCUCUGUAGACCCAUUUAGCCACUUGUUAUAAAAGCAUAUCAUUCAUGAGUGUGGUAUUACUGAUGUCAGAGAAUAAAACAUGAAUGAAAAUAUCUUGAGCUUUUGUUAACCAGACUUUAUUUUUUAGGCAUUUAUCCAAAAACCUAUUGACUUCGGGAUGAUGGAACUAGAAGUUUAAAAAAAUUCUAACUUGUUUCUGGGUUUUAGGACUCAUUCCUGCAGCACUCUAUUAUAAACAGAAUACAGUGCUGGUGUACGAAAUGUUGGUUGUAGUUUUAGUUGCAGCGGAUGUGUGUCAGCUUGCACUCUGGUCUUUUUUUCAACAGUGCUGGGAUGUCACCCAUGCUUCAGGUAGGAAAACCACCAUGCCAUUAAUAUAUCUGGAUAACAAUGUGGUUAUGGGUUUAAAGUUCUUGUGUGUGAUCUUGGUAACUGUCAAGCAAAUCAUCUCCAUUAUGUUAAGUCAUCCCUCUUAACAUGAAAUGACUUUGCAAUAUAUGUGGUGGUUUUUUGUGUGCUUGCACUCAAUGGAUUUGUUGGUUUGCUUGUUUUGCAUAAGAGUUUGAUGUGUAAAAUGUAACUCAUUACCAUUGUUUAGCUUUCGUCUUAUGUCUUCCCCACCUCUCACCUACCCACCAGUAUUUGACAAAAGUAGAUCAGAGGUCCCUGUGCCCCCUCCCUACUCCUCCCUACAUACAUACACACAGUCACAUACACGCUCACAAACACUCAGUCGGUCAAGAUCUGGUGUGAUGACAGAUAAUGUGCUUUGUCAUGCUGGUUGGUGUCAUGUGUUUUUCCUAUACUGGAUGCAUGUUUGUUACUUUUAGGCUCCUGUAACCCUGGUUGGCUGGCCACGGAGACAGGGAGUCCUCGUCUCAGUACUGUGGCUCUCCACAUUAGACUUUCUGUUUGGGGCUAAAACAUGUUCUCCAAGGGCACCAAGCGUAAAUUUUCCGAUGGUGGUGAAGAGCUAUCCGACGAAGGCCUGGUAGGUGCCAGAGUGGCAUCCUCAUACAGCUUGCAACGGCAGUCACUGCUGGACAUGUCCCUCAUUAAGCUGCAGUUAUGCCACAUGCUAGUGGAGCCCAACCUCUGCCGCUCGGUUCUCAUUGCCAACACAGUCAGACAGAUUCAGGAGGAGAUGACCCACGAUGGCAGCUGGCAUAUGGUCACCGAAGCAUUCUGUGGUGCAGGCCAGAGCCCCUCUGAGCGUUUGGUGGCCACUGAGGUCCUUUGCAGGUCACGGGAGCAGGAUGCAGAACCCAAGCUCUUUUCCGUCAUCAGCUACGAAGGUUGCCGUGAAGAGGAGGUGGUAGCUGAUGAGACACUGUGCUCCGUUUCAGUUAGCGAUACUGUCUCUAAUGUGUGCCUGGCAGGCCGUAUAGGCCAGUGCUGGGAGAAGAAUGAGCUCAGUGGCGUAGAGAGGGACGAAGAGGCCCUUGAAGACUCUAGACUUGGUUCAGGAGAAGAUGAGGAGGUAGACACAGAGGAUGAGGCUUCCACGGAGGGACCAAAGACCAUUGGACAAGUUUUUGGGACAUUUGAAAUAAAAAACGGUUCACCGGGUCCAGACUCUGCUCUUGAGGAGCUAUUCUCAGAUGUGGACACCUCCUACUAUGAUCUGGACACCAUGCUGACUGGUAUGCAGAGUGCACCCAAGAUGGGGCCUUAUGACCUCCUUGAUAGCUUGGGACCUUCACACGGUUCCCCUUCCAUAGUGUCCACACCAAACUGUCGUUCUGAUCUCAAUGAACUGGAUCACAUCAUGGAAAUCAUUGUGGGUUCUUAGGUUAGACCUUAUUCAGAGACUUACACGCUUGUCUUAAUGUUAAUGGCUUUUCUGUUCCUUAUGGAAAGCAAGUAAAGUCUGGAGUCCUUUCAGGGAAAAGAGUUGAUGUCUUGUGAAGGAUGGCCUUGAUUUUAUGAGCUGACCAUAGUCAUUAUUUGCAUACCCUUUGUAUGUUUUAAUCAUUUUUUUCUGUAUUUGUCUGUCCAGACAUGGUGUUUUUUUGUUUUUAUUUAAUUUAUUUGUUAUACUCAUGACACUACAGAGAGCAGAACAAGAUGUAUACAAGUUGUAAAGCUUGGGAUAUUUUCAUAAGGAGACAAAAGAUUGUCUAAAAUGUGUACAUAAAUAUAUAUUUUCUACAAUAGAUUUUUCUUGUAAUAUGUUACUGUACAUUAUGUACAUGUUCUACAAAUUGAUUUUAAACGAAGAGAUUAGAUUCUUAUGAGCAACAACUCAACUUUUCUGUUUAUCAAAAUCCAUAAACUGAAGGAAUUUAAUUCAAUACUACAGUAUGCAAAAUGCACCAAAUAUACAUACAGUGAUGCAUGUUUUACAUUUAUGUGCUCAUUUGCACAAAGUAUUUUUUUUUUUCCUCUCAAGGUUUGAUUGCAGUUGGCUGUCAAUCAGCUCAGCCGUAGGUUUGGUUUUGUUGUUAGACGUCAAAGUUCUUAUAUUUUGCCUAAUCAACAAAUGAAUUAUAUGGGGCCAACCCAUUCUGUAUUGUGACUUAAUUUAUUUAAUUUAUUUACUGCAAACGGUGAGUGUUGGCUGUGGUCAAACUCAGGGCGGCAUUUUAACUCUAGGGGACUGAUUGACCAAAGCCUUUUGCUCAUAGAAAAUCGGUCACAGAAUUAGUGCUUUGUAAGUUGAUUUGCACCAAUCAUUGGUUUAAGUAUUGAUUUUAAGCAAGUUAACUGUUUUAAUAUGGGUGAAUGGCUUUAGUAUAUCUGUCUAUUAGUCCUCUAGACCCCUCAUAAUGAGAAGGCAUUUGUCCAGUUCUAUGCAUUAAGUGUCAUAACACACUUUCUAUGUAUGAAGUGUUUAAAAUGCAUUUAGUACAGUAUUCUUUUUUAUACUUCAGAAUCAGUCAACAAGAGAUGGUUUUAUUUUACCCAACAUUUCCCCCAGUUGUUACAUAUAUAGUUUGUUUGGUUUUGUCUAAAGUAAAGUUUUGCAUAAACCAUGUUUGUGCAAAUUAUUGGUUAUUACACUUUGAUAAUUGUUUUCUUCAACAUUGUCUCACUUCAAUUCUAAGAGGAUGUUUUUUAUUGUAUGAUCUUAAACUAGUAUAGAGUAUAAACAUUUUAUAUGAGCAUUGUAGCUUUUUUAACGUUUUUUAAUAAAAGGUACAACUUAUGAAAA